AUGACGGUGCGUUGGAGCGGACACACCGGCGCGAGCUCGUACAAAAUCACCGCCACGCCGAAAAACUCCCCAGAACCGUCGGUUUUCGCGCAGUUCAGCGGCAGCACGGUGAUGGGCUCCGUUAACUCGUUAUCCCCGAACACUGUGUACAGGAUGCGGGUCGAAGCCAUGGACAACGCGGUGAACGUCCUCAGCAGCGCCGAAACCGAGGAGACGACAGCUCCUGAGGUUCCCCUCAUAUAUCAGGCUUACUCCAAACGCAGUGACAGCAUCACAGUGGAGUUCGGUGUGGUGUCUGGUGCCACCAGCUACAUCAUCCGGGCAGAAAAUGAAGAUGGGUUCUUCUCUGAAAGCCUGGUGAACACUUCCCCCGGGACAGUGGUCGGUCUGCUGCCUUACACCCAAUACACCCUCAGCGUGAUGUCCGUCAACACUGGGGGAAGGAGUCAGCCUUCUCUAACUGUGAAUGCUAGGACAGUGUUGGUAGCCCCAGAACUGACUUCCAGCUCCCCCAGCAGUGAUAUCAUUGUGAUAAAGUGGAAUCCAGUGGACCACGCUGUGCUGUACAGCCUGGUCAUGACCAUGGAGGGCUCAGACAUGCGGGUCAGACUCAACACGUCUGAGACCAAUGUGACCUUCACUGACCUUCAGCCAGGCACCACCUACAGCAUCAAGGGCAAUGCCUGGGAUCCAGAUGGUAACCAAGGAGAUGACAUCACCGUCUACCAAAUCACACGUCCUCCUGUCCCGGGAGAGGUGCAGGUUCAGUUGAGGCUGGUUCGCUCUAUCGAUCUGGCUGUGUAUUGGCAGAUAGUCCGUGGUGCCGACGGGUACACUGCUGUGAGCUCAACGGGCCAAAGCUGCAGCUCCUCCUUAGGCACACAAUGCGUAAUCAGUCCCCUCAGCUGCAGCCAGAACCACACCAUCACUGUCACAGCAGAGAACGAGGCAGGACCCAGUGAACCUUCUGCUCCACAGGACUUUCUCACCUUCCCAUGUCCUCCUGAGCUGGUGUGGAUUGAGGAGCCAACCACAGGGAACUGUUCCGUCACGUGGUCUGAUGUUCAGUGGGUGGAUUACUAUAUCGCCUAUGUGAAGAGAGAUGACGGCUUAGAGGAAAACUGCAACACCACUGGCACGACCUGCUACUUCCAGUGCAUAUGUGGAUACACAUACCUCUCAACUGUGUUCGCUUACAACCUGGCUGGGACCAGUCCACCGGAUCAAAUAGUCAACUAUACUACAAUUCCCUGCUGUCCAGACGAUUUGUCAGUGUCUCUGAUUUCCACCGAGACUCUAGAGAUCUCGUGGUCUUCAGUUCGAGGAGCUGAGUUAUACGAGACGAUCGCUGCAGACGGAAGUGAAUGGAUCCACUGCAAUGACACGGCUCCAGUGUGCGCGCUCUCUGAUCUCACUUGUGACAGCCUGUAUAGCGUGGUGGUGCGGCCCUGCAGUGAGACACAAGGAUGCAAUAACACCUGUAGUGCACAUACACGCCGGACAGCUCCCUGUGCCCCUGUGAUCCUCAACGUGACUCAGGUGAACUCUUCCACGGUGGAGGUGUUCUGGAUGGCUACAAACACCGAGGCUAACUACACCGUGAUCGCCAUGAGUCUCUCCUCCUUGCUCACCUGCUCAUCCAGUGGCACUUCCUGCUACAUCAGUGUAUCCUGUGGAUCCACAUAUGACAUCAGCACCUACGCCACCACCACAGCAGGACAGAGUCUUCCCAGCUACUCCAUUCCCCUGGAAACAGGACCCUGUUGUCCAGAAACUCUGAGUGUUGAACAGGUGACCCAGUCUAUGACAAACGUCACUUGGUCAGCUGCCACAGGGGCACGGUCUUAUGUUACCUCUUUAACAUCCCCCAGAGGUCACGCCAGAUGUCACACCAUGGACACCCACUGCCUGCUGGGAUGCAUCACAUGUGGCACCAGCUACAAUGUGUCGCUGGAGGCCUUCAGUAUUACUGGACAUAAAUCAGAGUGCAGUUACCACGGUUUCUCUGCAAGUGCGUGUUGUCCGUCCAGUGUGAGACUCUACCGGAUGAAUAACAACACUCUUCGGGUGUACUGGCGCUCUUCUCCCGGCCUGUACAACUACACAGCUGACCUGCACGGUACUAGAUCCAACUACACCUGCAGUGCCACAAAUGGGGCUCGUGGAUGUGACAUCUCUCAGAUCCUGUGUGGGGAAGUGUACACCGUCGUGGUCGCUCCCUUAACACAAGAGGGUUCGAAGGUCACAUACUGCCCCAGAAGACUCUACUCAGUCUCCUGUUCUGGAAACACGGUGGGAAUGGUGAUCUAUCGAGGCCGGAGGAGUGUGGACUAAAACCUUUUUGGCACAGAUAAAAGAAGAUGGAGCUCUGACGUCAUCAACAGAGACAACAGGGCAUUCUCUUCUCACCACAUUUAUAUUCUGUUUGCCAGCAAUACCUAUAACAGUUGGCUCAAUGAAAAUGUAUGUGUAUCUUUAAGAUCUUUUAAACACGAAAGCCAAAAUAUAUAUUUUUCAAUCAAAUUGUUAACCAUUUCUAAAUGUGUGAUAUUUUAUACAUACAUUUCCUUUGUAUUAUGAAGUUUGCAUUUAUACUGUAAUUUUCUCAUAUUCAAAGCAUGUCAUGAAGCCCAAAUGUUUGCAUGUCCAAAAAAGAAUAAUUAAUAUCAUAAUGUCACAAGAAAAAUGACUAUGUUACUGUAGCGCUAUAAGCAUUUGUAGAAUUCCCCUAAGCAGCAAGCCUCCAAAGGGAGUGGACCAGUGUGUUUUAUACAGGGUGGACCUCCUCUGAACAGCACGAGUUUCAUGUUCAGUGUCCGCCCCGGGUCAUGUGUCCUUUGGAUGAUAUAUUACAAUGAAUUUGCAAAAUAUGUAUGUUUACUAAUGACCUACAGCCUGAGAACCUCAAUACAAUAGCAGCCUUUAGUACUCUCAAUAAACAGCAUGAAGCAUUACAUAUUGAGA